AUGAAAUUCGGCAAGAGUUUGAGCAAUCAGAUCGAGGAAACGUUGCCGGAAUGGAGAGACAAGUUUCUCUCCUACAAAGACCUCAAAAAACGCUUGAAACUCAUCAAACCAGUGGAGAAAAUGGACCAUGACGGUAACCGUCUGGCGAAGAGGUUGCGGAUUUCCGACGAAGAGUGUCCGGUGGCUGCUGGUGGUGAGUUGUCGAAGGAAGAAGUUGAUUUCGUGCAGUUGUUGGAAGAGGAGGUUGAGAAGUUUAAUUCGUUUUUUGUUGAGAAAGAGGAAGAGUAUAUCAUCAAAUUGAAGACAAUUAGUAUGUUUAGAGUUCAAAUUAUGAGAGAUAGUGUGCUAUUUGAGCAUGACAAUGCAAUAGAUUGA